AUGGCUGCUCCCCGACUUUUCCGCCCAGCAGCUCGUCUGCUUUCCUCGCGCCUUUCCUCGACUCCUCUUCGCCCGGCUUUCUCGCAAACUGCUUGCGCACCUUCCGUCCUGCGCCUCCGGGGCUACGCUACCGAAACCGGUGCCAAAGAGGUCACAGUUCGUGAUGCAUUGAACGAAGCGCUCGCCGAGGAGCUCGAGGGCAAUGAGAAAACUUUCGUUAUGGGGGAGGAGGUCGCGCAGUACAACGGAGCAUACAAGGUGACAAGAGGUCUGCUUGACCGCUUUGGCCCGAAGAGAGUUAUCGACACCCCCAUUACGGAGGCUGGUUUUACUGGUCUCGCUGUCGGCGCUGCCCUUGCUGGCCUGCACCCCAUUUGCGAGUUCAUGACCUUCAACUUUGCCAUGCAGUCCAUCGAUCAUAUUAUCAACUCCGCCGCCAAGACGCACUACAUGUCCGGAGGAAUUCAGCCUUGCAACAUCACGUUCCGCGGACCUAACGGAUUCGCUGCUGGUGUUGCUGCUCAGCACUCUCAGGACUAUUCUGCAUGGUAUGGCAGCAUCCCUGGUCUGAAGGUUGUUGCCCCCUGGAGCGCCGAAGAUGCCAAGGGCCUGCUAAAGGCUGCUAUUCGUGACCCUAACCCCGUUGUUGUGCUGGAAAACGAGAUUCUAUCAUCCCUGACACAGUUUGAUAGGCUCCUGUACGGCCAGGCCUUCCCUAUGAGCGAGGCCGCUCAGAAGAACGACUUCGUUCUUCCCAUUGGCAAGGCCAAGAUUGAACGCCCUGGCAAGGACCUCACCAUUGUUUCCCUCUCUCGCUGUGUGGGUCAGUCGCUCAACGCCGCUUCUCAGCUCAAGCAGAAGUACGGCGUGGAGGCUGAGGUCAUCAACCUUCGGUCCGUCAAGCCUCUUGACGUGGAGACCAUCAUUCAGUCUCUCAAGAAGACCGGCCGUCUCAUGUGUGUCGAGUCCGGCUUUCCCAUGUUCGGUGUUGCUUCCGAAAUUCUUGCUCUCUCCAUGGAGUAUGGCUUCGACUACCUGACUGCUCCUGCUGUUCGUGUCACCGGUGCCGAGGUUCCCACUCCUUACGCCGUUGGCUUGGAGCAGAUGAGCUUCCCCCAGGAGGACACCAUUGUCAACCAGGCUGCCAAGCUGCUGCGCCUGUGA